AUGGGACGCAUAGAACUCGUUCACAACAAAGCCCUAGUUGCUGCGCUUGGCCUAUUCACCCAUUACAUCCUCUAUGCAAGCGAAUGGGAUACAGAGAUUCCUCGAUUUCUCGCAACCUGGUUGCUUGCAUUCGGCGGUAUUGCAGCCGCCGAGUACACAUAUAACCCACAUGUUAACACCGUCGGCGAUGUCUUUGUGAUAACUAGCACUACAGCUGCUAUCUAUUUUGGCGCCCUGUCGGCAAGCGUUCUCAUCUACCGAGGAUUCUUCCAUCGCCUUCGAAAUAUUCCUGGUCCAUUCCUGGCACGUUUUUCCAAGUUCCACAGCAUCUUUGCCGGAGUCAUUCCAACAAACUUUCGAUACUUCAAGUCAAGCGAGGCGUUACAUGAACGAUACAAGACCGAUGUCAUCCGAACUGGCCCACGCGAAGUUACAGUUUACUGCGCAGAUGCCGUCCCACUUAUCCACGGUCCCAUGUCAAGGUGCAGCAAAGGCCCAUGGUACGGUGCGGUGAACUAUCUCAGCGGUGUAUCGCUACAGACAACACGUAGUAAGGAGGAACACAAACAACGACGGAAGAUUUGGGACCGCGCCUUCAACGCCAAAUCUCUCCGCGACUACGAGCCUAGACUAAAUCGACAUGCACUUGCACUGAUGGAGAAACUAAAGGAGCAAGCUAAGAAGCCAUCUGUACGCAUCACAAACUGGGCCAACUUCUACUCUUUCGACGUAAUGGGGGACGUUGGUUUCAAUCGCAGCUACGGUAUGGUGGAAAAGGGUGAAGAGGAUGCUAGCAUUAAACUCCUACACGAGAGCAUGGAACCUCUCAGUGUCUUUGGCCACGCCAACUGGGCGUUGAAUCUCGUAUCUCGUACAGCAGUUGGAUCAAAGAAGCUGUUAGACCAUAUUGAAUGGACAUCUAAAGCUUUGACUGAACGAGUAAAGUCCACGCCUAAGGAACACGAUAUCUUUGGCUACCUUAUCGAUCCAAAUGACCCGAAGGUUACGAUAGAGAUGGUUGCUGAUGCGCGUCUGUUGGUAGUAGCUGGAAGUGAUACCACAGGGGCCACUUUGAGUUUCAUCUCUUAUGAACUCUGCAAGAAUCCCGAGGUCCAGAUCAAACUUCGCAAAGCCAUUGAUGGAAUCAAGCCUGAGAAGUCGUUCCUCGAUGUGGAAGAUGUUGCGAACUGCGCAUUCCUCGACGGAGUCAUCAACGAAGCUCUGCGAUUGCACCCUGCUGUACCAUCGGGCGUCCAGCGUGAGACACCACCAGAAGGCAUCACCCUCCCCAACGGCACAUAUAUCCCCGGGAGUACCUUGGUUUGGAUGCCCAUCCACUGUAUCCAGCGAGAUCCACGUUACUUUGAAUCCCCACUCGAGUUCAUGCCUGAACGCUGGACUGACGAGAAGCCCGAGGCUAUCAUGGACAAGCGUGCUUUCAUGCCAUUCGGUACUGGUGUGUACAGUUGCGUUGGCCAAAAACUCGCGAUGGCGGAGUUGCGUAGCGUUGUUGCGAACUGGAUGCGCCUGUUUGAGAUGGAGUUUGCGGAAGGCGAGGAUGGCAGCACAAUUGUGAACGAGAGCCGCGACUGUUUCACAACUAACGUGGGCAAGGUGGAUGUCAAACUGACGCCGAGAUACGAGACUUAG